ACUAUAUACAGAUCUUCUGUUUUGUUGUAAAAAAAACGUAAUUUGUGUAAGCGGGCCAGGAUUAUUCGCUACCAGGACGACGGAGGAUCCUUCCGGCGUGUGAUGCAUUAAUGCUAAAGUCGAUUAGCGGCGGCGUUGGCGUGGCAUCCACGGAAAGAGGAGGCGGCGGAGGUGGCGGUGGAGCAGGAGGGGGCGGAGCAGGAGCAGGAGGAGGCGGAGCCUCUGGAAGCAGGAGCACCAGCGGAAGUGGGCGUGCCAGUUGCGGGCUGGGUUCCAGUUCGAUUUCCAGUGGGUUGAGUGCGGUCUGCGGAUUUGUGACCGGCGGAGGAGGAGGAUCCGAUCGAGAUCGGGAUCGGGACAGGGGAUUGGCCAGCAGCAGCAGUGGUGGGAGCACUCCUGCCGGUAUCCUUUAUUGCCCCGCCUGCGUGGCAGCCGCCAACCAGCAGAAUCCCAGUCAGAAUUCAAGUCCCCAGCACGAGGGCUUCUUCUCACGCAGCUCCUCCAAGUCCAGUAAGCGCAACAAGGCCAGGAAGAGCGCCUCCACCGCCAGCUGCUUGGACGCCCAGCACAUACGGGCCAACCUCCGUAUGUCCAUGUCCAGUUCGAUGCGGGGCUCUAGGGGUAGUGGUGCAGGAGGAUCAGCCUCCUCCUCGCAUCCACCGGGCAGCAGCUGCAGCAGCGGAGCAGGAAGCUCCGGAUGCGGACUGGCCUACGACGUAGCUAGUAACGCCAGCAGUGGGAGUGGCAGUGGGAGUUGCAAGGCCGCUUCCCCCGGCAGCUACAGCUGCAACGCCCUAAAUGUGGACUUCACCACGUACACAGCCACCCAUCAGUGGACCAGGAUGCUCGAGUGCGCCGAGUUCGUCGGAGCCAAGCGGAGCAAGCACACAGUGGUGGCCUACAAGGAUGCGAUGUUCGUGUUCGGCGGCGAUAACGGCAAGAACAUGCUGAACGACCUCAUCCGCUUCGGCGUGAAGGACAAGUCUUGGGGCAGGGCGUGCGCCACGGGAACACCGCCAGCUCCGCGGUAUCAUCACUCGGCGGUGGUGGCCGGCAGCUCAAUGUUCAUCUUCGGGGGCUACACCGGCGACAUUCACUCCAACUCAAACCUGACCAACAAAAACGAUUUGUUCGAGUACAAGUUCCAGAGCGCCAUGUGGGUAGAGUGGAAGUUUUCCGGGCGCCAGCCAGUUCCUCGAUCCGCGCAUGGGGCAGCUGUUUACGACAACAAGAUGUGGAUCUAUGCCGGCUACGAUGGCAAUGCCCGGCUAAACGACAUGUGGACACUGAACCUCACCGGGGAGAAUCACCAGUGGGAGGAGGUGGACCAGCUGGGCGAUCGUCCGCCCACCUGCUGUAACUUCCCAGUGGCAGUGGCCAGAGAUGCCAUGUACGUCUUUUCCGGACAGAGUGGCCUCCAAAUAACCAACUCCCUGUUUGAGUUCCACUUUAAGACGCGCACUUGGAGGCGCAUUUCCAACGAGCCGGUCUUACGGGGCGCCACCUCCGCCCCGCCCUCGCGAAGAUAUGGCCACACGAUGGUGCAUCACGACCGUUUUUUGUAUGUGUUCGGGGGAUCGGCGGACUCAACGCUACCUAACGAUCUGCACUGCUACGACCUGGACUCGCAGGUGUGGUCCGUCAUCCUCCCGGAACAGAACUCAGAUGUGCCCUCGGGCAGAGUGUUCCAUGCCUCGGCCGUCAUCUGCGAUGCCAUGUAUAUUUUCGGCGGGACCGUGGACAACAGCGUGAGAAGAGGCGACACUUACCGAUUCCAGUUCUCCUCGUACCCGAAGUGCACACUGCGCGAUGACUUCGGUAAGUUCUUCCAGGACAAACAGUUCUGCGACAUCCAGUUCAUCGUGGGAGCGGAGGAGAUUCGCAUCCUGGCGCACAUCGCCUUUGUAGCGGCGCGUUCGAAGUACCUGCGGAACAAAAUAUUGGCUGCCCGGGAGGAACGCCAGCAACAGAUGGAGAAGGUCUACGGGGUGGGCCAGGUCGAUGCACUGGCUCUGAACACGGGUGCGGGCGGGGACUGCGGGCCCAUGCUGGAGGUGCGUCUGGCCCGCGCCUCCCCCGAGGCCUUCGACAUCAUACUGAACUACAUUUACACCGAUCGCAUCGAUCUGAAGGACACGUACAGCAAGAACAUCAUCAUCCUCAUCACGGACAUCUACCAACUGGCUGGUUUGUUUACAAUGCCGCGGCUGGCCCACGGCUGUAUCCAGUAUUUGGACUACAAGAUCAACAAGCUCAACGUUUUGGAGGCGCUCUACAAUGCGGACAAGAGCAACAUUAAGAUCAUCAAAGACCACUGCAUGCAGUUCAUCAUCAAGGAGGAGAACUUUACCGAGGUGGUAAUGUCCAGUGAGUUUAGCGAUUUGGACAAGUCUUUGCUGGUGGAGAUCAUCCGCAAGCGGCUGCAUCCCAGCAAGCUGGUAAUGGACAUCAGUUAUGAGGCCAACAUAGGAACCACUUUGGAGAUCGACUUGUGCGCCUUUUUGGAGUCAACUGGCAACGAUUUUUGUGACAUAAGCCUCGUCCUAGAGGAUCAUGUGAUACCGGCCCACAAGUCGGUAUUGUCGUCGCGUUGCACCUACUUUCAGGGCAUGUUUCGAUCGUUUAUGCCCCCGGAUAAUACAGUCAACAUCCAAAUUGGUGAAAUCUCACCCUCGCUUGAGGCGUUCCACUCGCUGCUGCGCUACAUUUACUACGGCGAGACGAAGAUGCCGCCGCAGGAUGCAUUGUAUCUGUUCCAGGCGCCCUGCUUUUAUGGACUGGCCAACAAUCGACUGCACGCGUUUUGCAAAUACUCUCUGGAGCACAACAUCACGUUCGAGAAUGUGCUGCAGACGCUGGAGGCUUCGGACAUCACCAAGAUCUAUGACAUCAAGGAGUACGCUCUCAAGCUGAUCGUCAAAGAUUUUGCCAAGGUCGCUAGGCUGCCAAAAAUUUCCGGUUUGUCGCGCGAACUGUUGCUGGAGAUCAUACGCGCUGUGGCCGAUUCGCACGGCGAGUUUCUUACGCGGAUCAAUAUCAAUACAGAUAUCUGAAAACUGGUGCUGCUCCAGCCGGCAUUGCAGUUGUUGCUCGCCUGGUUGCAAAUCGGACGUAGCACGUAGUGCGGCAGUAGCGGUUGGCAGCGCCGAACGACAUUUCCCAAUCACCAUCAAUCGAUUCAUCCCCCAUCGAUCCCCCACCUCUGCAUUUGGUCAGUGAUCCUCCACAGCUACCGAUUCCGCUCUCAAGCUGAUCGUCAAAGAUUUUGCAGAGGAACUGCAUCGGGAAGAGCGAGAAGGAGCGAUCGCAACUCAUACAUUAAUCAGAUGUAUACCUAUUAUUGUCAGACGAGGCAUCAAUUGUCUUGCCUUCUUCGUAAUACUGGAAAAUGCACCCCCAACAGAUUCGAGUAAGAACGCAUUGAAAACAAGCCCAUCUAAAAGCUAUUUAUGCUUAUGCAAAAGGUCAACAAGUAGUUGAACUUCUCUAUUUCGAAACUAGAAUUGAUUUUUGUUGAAACACUUGAACUAGCUGGAAUUUCAAUGGUUUAUAUUUUGGAAUGUAUUUUCUCAUUUAAAGCAACUGCUUUUAGGAGUGACAUUCGGAGAAGUUUUUAAGCAAGAUUAAGGAAAACCACUUCGAAACACUAGCUGUUUAUUCAAAUAAAGCAAAUUGAAUUAAUUUUUUUUUAGACAAAGGGCGCUUUUGCUUUACCUUAAAGAAACUUUAUACAUUACUUUAAGCAGAACAAAAAGGUUCGCCAAUCUAAACUUUAAAUUCUAAUACCCUUGCAAAGUUCAAUGCUAAGACAGAUAUAAUGAAUAUAAUGUAUGUAUUUUCUAUAUUGAAAUUAGUCAGUCUGCAAGUGGAAAUUGUUUCAGUGUUUUAGAAGACGUUUUCAAAUACCUUAACUAUUCAGUAUUUCAAAGUUUGGUAUGUUCGAUGACCUACUUUGCAAGGGUCCCUAAAGUCUCGGCUGUCCGAGGGUCUUCCCUUCUUAUUAUGCUCCUACCCAAGUACAACUUACUAGUUAAUAAGGAUUCAAAUCUAAUCGUGUAUACUCGUAUUUAUCUAGAUAUAUGAAAGCCGUAAGCUGUAUGUUCUAUACUAAGGAACCCUUGACAUUGAACCACCUCAUCCCACAUCCAUGUGCAGAGUCACCCAAAAAGAAAAAAGAAACUCAAAGUUAACGUUUUUGCCAAAUUUGGAAACGAUUAUAUAUCUUUAAAUUUAUAGUUUUAUCGCUUAAUGCUUGCCCCAAAAAGUGGUUCGAUUUCGAAUAUUCAUUUAUAUCCUUAUUUCCGAAAUUGUGAUAAAUCAGUUUUUAUUAUGAUUGUAUUGUGAGUUUUGUUAAGGCUGGAAUAGCAGCUGUUAAAAAUAUUUAUCCAAAUCAGGCAACAUUUGCGCAGAAUCUUGCGUUUAAUUACGAUAAUUUUCGUUAUAAUUUCGUUUAAGUUGCUGUAAGGCGUGAAUUCAGAAUAAACAAUAUUAUGAUAUAUAUGUA